CGCAUCUCAGUUGGCAACCAACUGAUAGAGCCAUGAGUGCAGCUUCGUUUUGAGCCUAUGCUACCUAGAUGGAGAGGUUUUGCAAAGCUACAUGCCAGGCAGGGCCACCAACCAAUCAACUUCACUCGCAAAUACAUUAUUCCAUCUCCGCCCAAACUUUCUCCCCAUCCCAAACAACCUCAACAUCCACCAUCCAACCCAACGGCGAAAACAAAACCCCCCACAGUCAUGCGUCCCAACACGCAACCCCUUCUCCUCCGGCGCCUUCCCCAGCAGCACCGCAUCUCCCUCCUCCCCGUCACCCAAACCCGCCACGAAUCCUCAACAAGGCGGCACACAAAACUCCUCCGCAUCCCCGAAUCCCCCUCCUACACCCCCUCAGGCGCCUCCCCUUCCCUCAUCUUCAACCCCCCCUCCGCCGCGCCCAACGUCUACCACACGCCGCUGAAAUUCCUGCCUCGCGACGACGAGCGCCGGAAACUUUACGAGGUGGCACUCACCUACGCGACCACGACCGCGCACCGACGACAGACAUCGCCCAUCGCGGCACCGGGGACUCCGCUCUCGGCGCCGUCGCACCUACCUCCUAAGCCGUCUACGUCGCUCCCGCCGGCCGUGCGUGCACCCUACGAGAAGAAGUACCAUCUCACCGAGGCGGAUAUCGAGGAGAUACGGCGGUUGAGGGCCGAGGAUCCGGAGCAUUGGACGAGAGUGAGGUUGGCGGAGAAGUUUGGAUGUAGCCAGUUUUUCGUGGGCAUGGUGGCCAAGAAUGCGGAGAAGGCGGAGCGGGUGGCGGCGGAGCAUCAGAAGGCGAGGGAGAGGUGGGGGGCGAGGAGGAGGAUGGCCAGAGAGGAUCGGGCGAGGAGGAAGGUGCUUUGGGGGAGGGAUGCGUAGGGGGGUGGAAUGAGCUAAUAGGGCUGUUUUGCGAGGAGAGCACGGUAUGGGUGAUGAGGGUGAGAGCGUGGAAAGAUAUUACGAUCAUCUUGUCCGACAGCGCUACUUGGAGCUUUCGGCCUGGAGGUAUAUGUACAAAUGUAUGUGCUACAUCUGGGUGUACGAUAUCAAAAGAGGUGGCAUAGAAGGGCUGAGAGUGCGUCUGAAAUUUCAGGCGAGUUCAUUGUAUCAUAUCCUUUCCAUCUAUAUCAUAGACUGCUUCGAAUGCAGUCACUAUCAGCCAUACCUUCAGUCUC